AUGUACAGGCAACAGCGCAUCCUCGACCUCAUGCAAUCACAGAGCGCACAAAGCGCUCCCCAAGACAACCGCCUCAGUGUUGAAGAAGUAAAGGCGCAGAUCAUGGCCAACUGCACCACUCUAUGGACCAUCCUCCGAGCCCAGAAGAACCAACCGAGUUACAACGAAUACGGACGGGAAAGCGAGCCAAGAUACCAUCUCCGGGGAUCUCCCAAGCCACCGAAACUCAACCUCAUCACCACAAAGCGGGACAUCAAGACCGUCAAGACCGUCACGGCCGAUGUAGUGUACGAGACGCAGCCCCCUCGUCAUGCGGUCAUGUUGCGCGGUCCUGAUGCGUGGACCCAGCGCGAGGCCUAUGAAAGGCUGCUUGCUAUGACGGAGGAGAUUAUUGCACGGAAGUGGAAUGCCUUCAUUGAUUUGGGAGAGCUGACUUUUGUGGGGGGGUUCGGGAAUGGGUAUUAUGUUGCUAAGCAUUAA